AUGUCGGAGUAUGGCCGCCCCAACAGAGCCAUCGCGUCCUCGCCGACUCUGGCUCCCAGAAGAACACCUCAACCUCAACAUUCACCAGAUACUUCAGUCCGGCAAAUGAGAUUGAAAGUACUCUACACCUUCGACGAAGAUAAGACAAACUGCUUAGCACGAUGGCCUCAUACAUUGGACAUACGCACUGUAUUUCUUAGCGCUGACACACAAGUUGGUAUUAUUGAGCUGAAGACAUGUCUGCAAGCCAUAGCGACAGCGAGCCCGGAGAUAGUCACAGGCUUGGGUCAAGACUACACUGUAUAUGCGUAUGAUUAUUCCGAGUAUGAGACGCCAUUGGUCGGACAAGGGAUGUUAUCGUGGAUUCUAGCCUCAGCUUCACCGACUCCGGGAGCUCCAGCGCAACAAUCCCGAACAAUGGUGACAGGGCGAGUCAGCCAGAACGCCCUUAGCAUCUUCACGGGUGGAAGCCAGGAGACUUUGGAAGUGAAACUACGCCUCGUGCCUGUACCAACGUCUAAGCAAAGCGAAUAUCUUGAAAGUAUGAAAAAAUACAGGGACAUUAGUCAGGCAAUGCCACCAGGCUUUGAUCCUCAAGCGUGGACCUCAUUCUUGAACCACAAUCCAAACUUUCUACAGCAGACUAUGCAGAGCAGGAGUCAGUCGCCAUCGACGGCUCAACAAAAUACCUUUGGAAUUGAGAAUGUUCAACGUUUGCUCAGUGGAGAUUAUGAGCAAUCAGCUCAAGCGAGAAGACUUUUGUCCCGUUCAAAUAGUUUUGCGAAUGCAGAGGCUGGCCAGCAAUUACCACGACUUCCAAGUCCAGCCUCCAGUGUCACCUCAACCACAGUAGCACCAAAAAGGAGAGGGAGAAAACCAGGCCCAAAUUACAAAGGUCCCAAGACUCGACGCGGCAAGAAGGAGCCGCCUCCAGAAUCUACUGACCCUGGUUACUGCACCGGAGAUGAUCGACCAGAUGAGGGACCCAACAAGAAGAGGGCAAGAGUUGUUCAAGCUGAAUGGGAUGGCAAACCCGAACUUGGAAAACAACCAGACUCUCUAAGGGUCGCAGCAAGCACCGCUGCGUCUGUGAGGAUACAUCAACCAACGGCAGUUCGACCUGAUUCGCAUCCGCACUUGUCGCUAGACAACCAGCCUAGAGCUCCAACUCCGGUAGCAGACCCGUCUCAAAUUAUCAAAAAACCGCGGAUGCCAGUAUCAAGGAGCAACCUCGGCCAAUUAUCUCAAUUAAUUGCAACCCCUUCGAAUGAAGCAUUGAGUCCUGCUGUCAUUUCCGACAAGGCGCCAGAAUUAUCGCCCGAGAAAAGUCAAGCCGAAAGCUCGCCGGCUGACAUUGCAUCUUCUCCACCUGUCUUCCCGGAGGACCUGACCACUCAUUCUAGUCCACAAUUGCCCGAAUUCCCUCGUGCCUUCGAUGACUCAGGUAUUUUCACAGGCUCACUAGAUAAUCUGUUCGACGAUCAGGAGUUGCGCUCUUUAGACGAGGAAGAUUUCGCUGUUGCGGCUCAAUACAGUAAACGUUUGGACUUACCGGUAGACAAUUAUGACUUUGUUCAAGGUGACGGCACGAUGUCAGAGCUACCGCAGAUUCAAUUCGAACAAAGCUUACAAGGGAGCGAAGAAACACUAAGCUCACAUAGCAAUCCUGAAAGUCGUUUAUUGAACAGAACUGUCUCGUCUAGCGAGUUGCCUCCGCCUAUUCCUGCAAGCGAUCCAAUUCGACCUUGUACUUUGCAUCGCUCGCAAACAUGGGCAGGCAAACAUGCGGCUCAUCCAGCAUCUGAUACCGGCCAGUCCCAGCCAGCCGAUAACAGAAUGGACAGAACUACGCCGCGCGGGAGAGGUAGACGGCAAAGUGACACGGGCGGUCAGUCUGGUGUAAGGAAAAAGGCGACCAUACAAAGUAAAUUGGCCACGUCCGUUGCGGCAGGUGAAAUCCCUCCAUUUUGCGAUAAUUGCGGUGCAAUCGAAACUCCAGCAUGGAGAAAGGCCUGGUCGAAGAUACAUAGUGGUACACCAGAGCAUGUUCGUCUCUCAAAUCAAGAAAGCGGCGUUUUGGCAUGGCAGACAUUGCAAACAGACAAAAAGGGCGAAAUCUGCCUGUUUAGGAUCAUCAAGAAGUCGCUCGCAGAAGAAGAUGAGGGGUUUACUGAAAUGCUGCUUUGCAAUCCUUGUGGCAUGUUUCUCACUACUAAGAAAUGUAUGAGGCCUAAGGAGAUGUGGGAUAAGUCUCAGAAAGGCCCUGAUGACAAAGAAAAAGGCCGACGUCGAAGCACUGGACCACGACCUGCGUCUUCGGGGCAAAGCACAAAGGCUGCUUCAGGCACCUUCUCCGAUCCUUCAUCCCCAACUUCUGCGCCCAAGCAGGUUGAUGCUUUAGAGAACGAACCUAAGCUCCCAGCAAUGAAAUGGGGUGUCGACUCGCACGAUAAGACUACACCGUCGAACCCAUGUGGCACGAUGGAUGAGGCAUCAGCCACUGCGGCUCUCAAGAAGGCAAUCAGGUCUUCGCCCCACAAAUUCAAUGGCACUGAGCAAGAACCUAUUGAGGUGGAAAAUCUUACACCACAGCCGACUCGGCGUAUUCUUUUCCCUUCGCCUCACCAAUCCGAGAAGGCCAAAUCGAAGCAGAGAUCCCCCACUAGUGCUGUUGAAAAUACCUCCAAGAAGGAUUCUCUUGAAGAACUCAAUGAACCCAUUUCACGUUCGGCAAACAAGGAGAAUUACCCACCUAGUACUGAGGAUGAUAUUGAUCGUUUCUUCAAUGAAGACGGCUAUGGACCACCCGCGCAUCUCUCUACUCCAACCGGCUCCAGAUCGAAAUACCCCUUCCUCAAUCGUACGCCUUCAAAAUCCCCUAGUAAACCUUCUUCAUCAGGCGGCAAGUCAUUGGAUCGAGAACGCCUUCUCCCUCCAUCCACGCCUAAGCGGACUCCCACAAAGACGUCGGGAGUGUUCCCUGAGCUGACACCCUUCACAGCGCAUCUUAGUCAAUUACUCUCGGAUGCUAAUGCGGGCAGCCCAGGAGGCAACUUCAGCUUCCCUCCCCUUCCUUCUCUACGUAAUACACCUAACAAUGCACAUCUAGCGGAUUUCGACUUCGGCCACUUUGACUCACAAGAUCUCAUCAGUACCGACGUACCAAUGCCGAGCAGCCCUCCUCCAUGGAACUUUGGUGAUUUCUCUGGUGAGGGUAACGAUAGUCUCUGGGGUGACUGCACUCUGCCAAAUACCAUUGCCAGUCCGGACGGAAGCGACAAGCACCAAGUGCAUAGUACUGCAAAGUCAACAAGUGCAAUUACUCAAAUGGGGCCACCAACAUUGCAAAAUGAGUCCGCUGCUUGA